CAAAACCCUAGUCGUUAAAAAAAAGCGGUUCCUUCCAAACAAAAUGGCGCUGCUAUUUCAUUCAGUGUGGCAGCCAAUACACUCCGUUCGUCGCCUUGGAGGUUUAGGGUUUUAACGGACAAAUUUCUCUCUCCCUCCACAAAAGCUCCCUUCAGCCUUCACACACCUGCACGUUCGUCGCCUUGGAGGUUUAGGGCUUUAACGGGCAAUUUACUUCUCUCCACAGAAUCUCUCUUCAGUCUUCACCCAUCCGAGAGACUGCAAUGGCGACCUCAAUAGCCUCGCAGUUGCAGGCAAUCAAGUCUGUAAUACAAGCGGAUUCGGAGCCACUCAAGCGACCCUUCACUCGUCCUUCAAUCCUAUACGACCCUAAACAAGCCGCCGAUAUCGAAAUUGACGCUAUUCUCCAUGACGCACUUUCAGGGUUGGAGGUUCUUAUAGGGAUGGACGGAAGAUAUAGAAAUUAUAAGGACGAUUUGUUUAGUCACAAGAGCAGAGAACUGGAUAGAGAGUUGAUGGGCAUAGAGGAAAAUAACCGAAUUAAUGUGUCAAUCAGUUCAUACUUGCGAUUAUUAUCGGGGCAUUUUCAAGUGCCUUCUGCACUGAAGACGCUUGAGUACUUGAUACGUAGAUACAAGAUCCAUGUGUACAAUAUGGAGGAACUAAUUCUAUGUGUUUUGCCUUACCAUGACACCCAUAUUUUUGUUCAAAUUGUGCAGUUACUUGACAUAGGAAAUAAUAAGUGGAAAUUUCUUGACGGUGUUAAAUUAUCUGGUGCACCUCCACCUAGGAAGGUUAUAGUACAACAAUGCAUCUGUGAUUUGGGGAUUUUGGAGGUUUUAUGCAACUAUGCAUUGCCUACAAAAAAGUUUAAGCCUUCGAGGGCUGUGAUCAACUUCUGCACAGCAGUUGUUGUUGAGGUUUUGGGUUCUCUUACAACUGUUAACAGUGAUGUUGUGAAAAGAAUACUUCCAUAUAUUGCUUCUGGACUGCAUCCUGGUGCCAAGAGAGGUUUGGAUCACAAGGCUGGUGUUUUGAUGAUUGUUGGUUUACUAGCGAAUAAGGCGACGUUGUCUUCUAAACUUAUCAAAAGCUUUAUUCAGUCAAUUGCCGAAGUAGCUCGAGACGAUGCGAAAGAAUCGACUGACUUGCAAUGUUUUCAUAUGGUAUUUAUGGCCUUGGUCAACCUUGUUCAGUUGCAAUCUGUUGAAAUACUUCCCAUGAAGGCUGUGGAUAUCCUUAAGCAAAUUAGGGACCUUUCGGGGGCUCUUACUGGACUGACCAAGGAGUUCAAUAUUGACAAAUUCUUGGUGGUGUUUUUGGAAUCCCUUCUUGAGUAUAGUAUUUCUGACGAUACAUGCCUUCCUACUCUGAUAUCAAUUAUAGAGACAGUUCCUUUGAGGGGCUUCAUUCAUCGUGUAGUCUCUAAGCUCCUUCAUUCUUGCAUGAAGCUAUCUCAGAGAAAGAACGACCCAUUAUCAUCUGAAUCAAGUUUAGUCAGUUCAGGAAGCUGGGCCACACAAAUUUUGGUUUCUAUAAAUAAGAAAUAUCCAUCUGAAUUACGUGGGGCAAUUCACAGUUUCCUGGAGGAUCCUAAACUUGAAUCCAAGGAAGGGGGUUUGGUAUAUGAGAUCCUGUCCAGGAUGUUAGAUGGGAAUUCGAAUUUGUCACAUGAGAUCCCUUAUUCAAAAAUUUGGUUUGCGCUGGAACAUCCGAAGGCCGAGGUUCGACGCACUACACUUGUUGGUUUGGAUGCAUAUGGUAUUCUGAAAGAGAAGACCAAGACUGCUCAUUCACAGAGGGUAGAAACUAUUCGAGAUGCAAUAUUACGCCGGUUUCGCGAUGAUGAUCUAAGUGUGGUUCAAGCAGCUCUGACUGUGGGUAGUUUGUCUGAAAUUUUAAGUCCUGGAUGUCUACUUGACGCACUUCAGAAUGUGCUUCAACGAUGCUUAGGCAUUUUAAUGUUGAGUAGUCCAGCUAGCACAUCUCUUGCUGCUGAUGUUGCAGUGUCGUGCUUGGAUCUUGCAAUUUCAGACUUCCAAAAUCAGGAUGAAUUUGUGCAGAAACUUUCUACAUUGAUGUUUCCCAUACUCUUGAUUCGACCAAAGACUUUGAAGUUGAAUUUGAAGGCAUUGUAUCUGGCCAAGGAAGUAAAGUGGCCUUUCUACAGGAAUCUUGUCAUUGCCUCUGGCCUAAAGGAGAAAUGGGAACAUGGACACAUUACUUCAAUAAAUAUGGACACAAUUAGUCGGUUGGCAGAAACAUUCUUGAUGUGCCCUGAAGAAUACAUGCCUUGGCUUGUUGAAUGCUGUGAAUUUCUGGAGCUGUCAAAGACAUUAUUCUUCUUGGUCUUGUUGCAGUCUUUCAUGGCGCCCAAGAUUGACAGUGGUCGGUUCUACGCGUUAUAUGAAGCCUGCUUUCCAGUUCUGAAAAUGGAGUGGAAAGUUUUGAAGUCUGAGGGUAUUGGUGCAUCGUUGGAAGAGGCCAACACAAGAGUGCUGGAUAGGGAUUGCAAAACUUUUUUAAAUCAGCUGGUCGGUACCAAUUGCAAAGAAUUGAAUGCUGAUAUUCUGAUUUGCUUAUUUUGGAGAUUACUUGAGGCAUUUGUUUCAGCAGCGUCUCCAGAUGAUUCGUUGGGUCACAAUGGGAAGUGGGCAUGUACACUUCACGAUCUGUUCAUGUUCUUUGCAGCAUCUCAGUCCAAGCAUGUUUUCAAAAAGCAUCUUCAUUGUCUUGUAGGGACGUGCAAGACCUCUCUUGUCCAGUUUUUGUCCAAGUUUUUUACUGAAGAAGGUGUUUCUGUUACAGUCCAAGUUGAGAGUCUUUAUUGCUUUGCGUUUCUUUGUUCUCAGUCUGAGGAGAGCCUAUUUUUCAAACUGCUUGUCGAAUUCCCUUCAAUUCUUGUUCCUCUGUCUAGCGAUGACCAGGAUAUAAGGACUGCUGCCAUGAACUGCAUUGAAGGACUCUGCACACUGUGGCCUCGUGUUAAUGUUCCUAGAUGGAAAAAUGGAAGCAAUGCGAUAUGGAGUCAUUUUCUUGGGGAAAUUUUGGGCUUAAUUGUUCAGCAAAAAAGGCUUAUUCUAUCAGACAGAAAUGGUCUUUCCUCAUUUUUAACAUCUUUGCUCAGCUCCUCGUAUCAUUCCAUUUUAGUUCCAGAGACUAUCGUACAGAGGUUUGAUCAAUAUACAAAAGAUGAAAUACUGGAUUAUAUUCUAGUCUCUGCACUAAAACUUUCUAAUUAUGCAAAGCUAAGAAUUCUAUUUUUGCUCAAAGGAGUAGGGAAUAGAAUUUUCCGUGUUAAAGAUGUUGAGUGUUUGCUGUCUGACCUAUUGACAAAACGCUGUCAAUAUCUUAUUGGGGUUGAUAAAUCCUGCCAUAAAUUGUCAAAGACUGACAUUGAAAUCCUAUGCCUUUUACUGGAGAGCUGUGCUGUGCAGUCAUCAUCAUUCAAUGGACAUGCUUUUGAUGAUCAUUUAUUGAAGGCCUUGCAGUUAGAUGGUAUGUCCUCUGAAGAGCCUGCCGCUGUACAGCCUUGUAUAACUGUGCUAAGAACUCUCAGCAAUUCCCUUUAUGGAGGUUUGAAGACUGAGACACAGGAUCUUCUAUUUCAAAAUCUUGUGUUUCUGUUUCGGAAUGCUAAUGGUGAUGUACAAAGUGCUACAAAAGAGGCGUUGCUGCGUUUACAUGUUACCAGCUCCAUUGUUGGUCGGAUGCUUGAUUUCUUUUUUGAGCAGGAAGAUCGCAUGAUUGGUUCAGCAUUUGGGAAGAAGAAAAAGAAAUCAAUAACAGAUCAGAAUUGCGAACUAAAGCAUGGUUUCAAUUGCAAAGGCGAAAAUGCACUUACAUUCCUUAGCUCUCUCCUUGAUAUUUUGCUUCUGAAGAAAGACGUAGAGGACAGAACUUCUCUUAUAGGGCCUUUAUUUAAGCUUGUCCGCAAAAUCUUUAUAGAUACUGGGUCCCACAAAGCUACUGACCAGGAUGAGAAAUAUAUAGCAGCUUCUUCUGGUCUCUCUCAAAGUAUUUCCAGCACAUGUUAUAUUCAACAGACACUAUUAUUGAUUCUUGAAGAUAUUUGUGCUUCAUUCUUAACUGUUACUCCAGUAAAGGAUGAGACAGUUAAUAACAUUGAUUUGAAACUGUUAGUCGAAUGUGCCCGUGCUACAAAGGAUGGAAUCACCCGCAAUCAUGUAUUUUCAUUGUUAUCUACUACUGCAAAGGUCAUUCCAGACAAAGUUUGGGACCACAUACUAGACAUUCUCUCAGUUAUUGGGGCAUCUGCUGUGGCACAGUAUGACAGCCAUUCACAACGUGUAUUUGAAGAUCUUAUAUCUGCAAUUGUUCCAUGUUGGCUAUCUAAGUCCGAAAGCUCUGAAAAAUUGCUUCAGAUAUUUAUAAAUGUAUUGCCUGAAGUUGGUGAGCACAGAAGGCUGUCAAUUAUUGUGCAUCUCUUGAGGACUUUAGGAGAACGUAGUAGCUUGGGUUCAUUGCUUGAACUCCUUUUCCGUUCAUUUGCAUCAAGAAAAAGAUCAUCUUUUCCCAGCAAUAGUGUGCACUCGAUGGAUGGUUUUACUUCUAUUACUCAUACAGACUGGGAGUACGCAUUUGCGGUGCAAGUAUGUGAGCAGUACUCAUGCAUGAUAUGGCUUCCUUCUCUUGUUAUGCUGCUUCAACAUGUAAAAAUGGGUUCUUGGGGUGAAGAAAUGUGUAUGGAACUGCUUAUUGCAAUGCAAUUCAUUGCAGACAAAUUGCAAGAUCCUGAACUUGAAUUCAAGCUUGUUUCUGGGGAAGAUUCAGAUAACAUUCAGAGAACACUUGGAGCACUUAUGGAGCAGGUUGUUUCUCAUUUACAUCUGGUUGACUCAAAAAGAAAGCAAAUACCUGUUCCUGCUGGAAUCAGGAAAGAACUAAAGGAGCGUAUGCAUACUGUUUUAAAAUCUAUUACAAAAGCCCUGGUUCCAAUGGCAUACUUCAAAGGCAUUAUUGAAUUGCUGGCCCAUGCAGAUAGAAAUGUGAGAAGGAAGGCGCUUGGGCUUCUAUGUGAAACAUUGAAGGAUUCUGGCAAAGUGAAACUGAAGCGUGAGGGAAGGGGAUUGAAUUUAAUUCCAAGUCGUUCUUGGUUUCAUCUGGAUGACAGUGCUCUCGAGUCCUUGGAUAAAAUGUGUCUGGAAAUUGUAAAGUUAAUCGACGAUCCUUCUGAUUAUGCAAAUACUUCCUUGAAACUUGCAGCUAUUUCAACAUUAGAAGGUUUAGCCAACAAGUUUCCUUCUAACCAUUCUAUCUUUAGCGUGUGCCUUGCAUCUGUCACUAAAAACAUCCGUGCAGACAAUUUGUCUGUUUCGUCCAGUUGCCUUCGGACAACUGGUGCUUUAAUCAAUGUGCUUGGACCAAGGGCACUGCUUGAGCUACCUUCUAUCAUGGAGAAUGUACUAUGGAGGUCUCACGAUGCCUCCACAUGCCAAGCUUCAAAAACUAAAUUGAGUGAUGACAAUACUACUGUUACACUAUCAGAUUCUUUGGAAUCUCUCUUUAUGUCAAUUCUUGUCACCUUGGAGGCAGUUGUUGACAAGCUUGGUGGUUUUUUAAACCCAUAUCUUGGAGAUAUUUUAAAACUUUUGGUGUUGCAUCCUGUUUAUGCAUUGGGAUCUGAUCUAAAGUUGAGAAUGAAAGCUGACAUAAUAAGGAAACUUGUCACUGAGAAAAUCCCUGUUCGGCUAUUAUUUCCACCUCUGCUAAGGAUAUAUCCAGAAGCUAUUUUUUCUGGAGAUUCAAGCUUAUCAAUUGCUUUUGAAAUGCUAGGAAGCUUGGUUGGUACAAUGGAUAGAUCAUCUGUUGGUGCUUGCCAUGCAAAGAUUUUUGACUUGUGCUUACUAGCGCUUGAUCUUCGUCGUCAACACCCAGUCUCAAUAAUAAAUAUUAAUGUUGUUGAAAAACAUGUCAUCAGUGCAAUGAUUAUGCUGACUAUGAAACUUACGGAGACAAUGUUCAAGCCUCUCUUCAUUAGGAGUAUUGAAUGGGCGGAGACAAAUUUGCAGGAUAAUGAAUCUACGGGGAUCACAAAUGUUGAUAGGGCCAUAUCAUUCUAUGGCUUUGUAAAUAAACUUGCUGAAAGCCAUCGUUCGUUGUUUGUUCCGUACUUCAAGUACUUGCUCGAUAGCUGUAGGCGACAUCUUACGGUCACUGAAGAUGCAACAAUUGGUCUGACACGAAAGAAGAAGAAGGCUAAGCUUCAGGACGAAAUCACUAACACAAAAGAUGGAAAUACUACAUUAUCACUUGGAAUGUGGAAUCUCCGGGCAUUAGUUUUAUCGUCCUUGCAGAAAUGCUUUCUUUAUGAUACUGGGAGCCUGAAGUUUCUCGAUUCAUCAAAUUUUCAGGUCCUGUUAAAACCAAUUGUUUCACAGCUCACAAUAGAACCUCCAGCUUCUCUAGAAGAGUAUUCAAGCAUACCAUCUGUGAAAGAAGUUGAUGAUUUAUUGGUUGCUUGUAUUGGUCAGAUGGCUGUUACAGCUGGCACUGACCUUCUUUGGAAGCCCCUGAACCAUGAGGUGCUUAUGCAAACUCGUAGUGAAAGGGCACGAUCCCGUAUUUUGGGCCUGAGAGUUGUCAAGUACCUCAUAGAGAAUCUGAGAGAAGAAUAUCUUGUAUUCUUGGCUGAGACCAUCCCCUUUCUUGCCGAAUUGCUCGAGGAUGUGGAGCUACCUGUGAAAUCUCUUGCACAAGAGAUUCUAAAGGAAUUGGAAUCCAUGAGUGGUGAAAGCCUCCGGCAGUAUCUCUAAUGUUACUAACUGACCAGAAGUUUGUCUAUUACCUGAACCCAUUGACAAUGGAUGGUCUCCGGACUCUCUAUCCUGAUGAUGGCGAUGGGAUUAUGGAACGCAUGGUUCCAAAACCUGGUUGAAGUUCAACAGUUUCAAGUUCGUCCCUAGAGCUGCUGCUUUCAUUCUUGCCUCUGCGUGGUAGACUGGCUUUACAGCUGGUGAGACAGUUGCCCCCAGUUUUUGGCUUUGUUGCUUUCUUGCCAAUAUGCAAGCUGUGACAAGUUGUACUAUUGGAGAAACAGCUACUAUUGGAGAAACGGCAAUAACGUAAUGAUGAGACUGAAAUACAACCGUACACCUUUUCCAUUUAUUUUGUUUUACGAUAGUACAUCUUUUGUACAUAUAUGCUGUCUUGUGCAACUAUUUUUCUUUGACGGGCUCCUGUUAAUGAUGCAAAGCCUCCGUUAAGGUUCUGUUUAGAUGAUUCUAAAAGGGGGGUUUUUGUUUUUGUAAUUUUAGGGUAAGUGAGAAGUUACAUGAUUCUAAAGUUUGGAAUGAUAGGGAAUUAUGUAAUCGGCCAUUUUGACAAUGUUCCAUGAGGAAAAUAGAACUGUUGGGUUGAGUUUCCCAAUUUGCUA